AUGGCUCCGCGUGAUCUGCUCCUCCUCCUGCUCGCCGCCGUGCUGCUCCCAUCGUCGUCCACGGCGGACCCCGACGUGGUGCAAGACUACUGCGUGCCAGACACGGGCGGGCGUGCCGUGCCCGUGGAUCCGGCGCGGCUCCCGUCCUACCCGUGCAGGAGCCCCGCGAACCUGACAGCGGCCGACUUCACCUCCGCGGGCGUGCGCGCCGCGGGCAACUUCUCGGCGGACACCGGGUUCGCGGGGGUGUCCGUGACCCCCGCGACGUUCCCGGCGCUGCACACCCUGGGGAUGUCCUUCGCGCGCGCCGACCUCUCGGCCGCGGGCGGCGUGAACCCGCCGCACUACCACCCGCGCGCCACGGAGACGGCGCUCGUCCUGGCGGGCCGCGUCUACGCGGGCUUCGUCGACUCGGGGGGGCGCGUCUUCGCCAAGGUGCUCGAGAAGGGGGAGGUCAUGGUGUUCCCGCGCGCCAUGGUGCAUUUCCAGAUGAACGUCGGCGACGAGCCCGCCACGGUGUAUGGCAGCUUCAACAGCGAGAACCCCGGCAUCGUGCGCAUCCCGGCCACCGUGUUCGGGUCAGGGAUCAAGGAUGGAGUACUCGAGAGGGCGUUCGGCCUCUCGCCGGAGGAGCUCCGCCGGCUCGAGAAGAGGUUCGGGCCACCCAAGACCAAGACGGCGGAGAUGGACGAUUAA